GUACUGUUACCGGCUAUGUUACGAAAACCAUAACCUAUCACCGUCGAUCGUUUGAGCACCGCGAGUUCUUGAGCCGAGGGCUCAUAGCGCCUUUCAACGGUUUCCCUCUCAUAGUGUGUUGCACAUAGCACGAUGGCUUGGCUUGGGCUUUUAACCGCGGCUGUCAUAUUGCUGGCGACAACAGCUGCUGGGCAAGGAAAUGGCGAUACUAAGUUCGGAAGCAGCGACCUCAAAACCGUCUUGGAGCGCAUCGCAAUUAACAAGGAGGUGAUGGCCGCUGUCUCCAACGGCGCCCUCAUCACGCCGGACGGAAAGUUUGGCAUGCUGAAGCUGUGGAUCGACGGCUGCCAGCGAGCGGGGGUGAAGAACUUCAUGGUCAUAGCGAUUGAUGAUGAUGUGGCCAAGGCGUGUGAGAACCUGGGGGUGCCGUACUGGCGUAAGACGCCCAAGAAGACCGCUGACCAGGCCGCCUCCAACCACGGAAUCAGCGCGCAGAAGUUCCAACUUAUCAAGGAGUUCCUGACGCUGGGCUACUCGGUGCUGCUGUCGGAUGUGGACAUUGUGACGCUGAAGAACCCCUUCGAGCACCUGUACAGGGAUGAGGACGUGGAGGCGCUCAGCGAUGGCUACGACGAGCAGACGGCGUACGGCUGGGACGACGUGCACGACGACCCCAAGAUGGGCUGGUCCCGCUGGGCGCACACCAUCCGCGUGUUCACGCUCAACUCGGGGCUCUUCUACAUCCGCCCCAACAACCGCACCAUCGGGCUCAUGGACCGCAUCACCGACCGACUCAACCGCAACAAGGAGUGGGACCAGGCUGUGUUCAACAUGGAGAUCUGGUUCCCCAGCCACGACGACUACCACACCUCCCGCAUCUCCGUACGCAUCAUGAACAUCGACAAGUUCCUCAACUCCAAGCGCCUCUUCAGGACCAUCCGUUACGAGCCGCAGUACGCCAACCACGUGCCCGUCAUGAUCCACGUCAACUACCACCCGGACAAGUUCCAGCGCAUGCAGUCCAUCUGGGCCAAGUAUGUGGAGGGUGACAAGACGGCGCUAGACAAGUACCCGAUUGGCAGCUGCUUCAACGCGCCGGAUUGCUGAUCCGAGCGUGUCUCGAGGGAAGAGCUAUCUGCAUUGGGAAUCGGUAGGGCGGCCGAUGAUGGUAUACGGCAUGGGGCGUGGGUUUUGUGCGGUGCUAGGAACAAAAGGUCGCGAGCGGGCGUGACUUAAAAGGUGUGACUUGGCUAGCAACCCGAAGCUUGGGAUAGGCGGAUGGUAGUACCGGUAGCUGUGGCUGAUGGGAAAUGGGGCAUUUGCUAGCCGCACACAAGGCGUGCGUGCGAUAUAGGGGGAUACAGGCGUGCGUUCGUGCCCAUAAGGAUUGCCUUACUUGGCUUGCCCAGAAGGAAUAUAGUUAGCUAUGUACUGAAGCCAGCUUGCGUUAGCCAUUUGUUUGGAGACCUACGGCGUAGGAGGAUGCCCACACUGGGAAGUGAUCAAGGUGUGAAGGGCAACGUUUAGGUUGCGACUACCGGUAACGGGGAUUUUGGUUUGGACUGGGGCGCAUAAUGCAGGCAAGUCAUGGCUGUUUAGCUUCUUGUCAUCGGUCGCGGCGAAGUAUGCACC